UUUAACCCUAAAUUUGACUCUUUGCGUGCCGGUUUCUCUGCAGCAGCGGGAGGAGCAUGUACAAAACCGCAGUGUAACCUGAUCCAUGUACCUUACACAUCGCAAAUGACCAAACCCACACCCACACACACACACACACACACACCACCUGUCAGGAGACUCAUCCGGCAUAACCACAGACGCUUGAGCUGGAGGACACACACAGUCUGAGGAAAGUUUGCCUGCAACACAACAAGUAACGUUAGGCCCAUCAGGACCCGCUCUGCUCUGAGACCAGCUGCAAGGUAAACAACACAUCUGAACAAGAUUCCAAGCAUUGUGAAUCAUCUGCAUUGGUGGGUGAAGCAGAAACAUUAAAAAACGAGGCACAAAAAGAAGCUGUCGUCAUAUCAAAUCAAUGAUGGUUUUGAAAAAGCUUCUGCGUUUCGGGAAACAGCUGCUGAGAGUGAAGGUUGUCAACUGCAACUCGGAGGAGUCGCGACUCUCCCGAUGUCUGAACACCUUUGACCUGGUGGCUCUUGGUGUGGGCAGCACCUUGGGAGCUGGGGUGUAUGUCCUCGCUGGAGCCGUGGCCCGAGAAAACGCAGGACCGGCCAUCGUGCUGUCGUUCCUCAUCGCAGCCCUGGCCUCAGUGCUCGCGGGCCUCUGUUAUGCAGAGUUUGGGGCAAGAGUGCCAAAAACGGGCUCAGCGUACCUGUACAGCUAUGUGACUGUAGGGGAGCUAUGGGCCUUUAUAACUGGCUGGAACCUUAUACUUUCAUACGUUAUAGGUACAUCAAGUGUUGCCAGAGCUUGGAGUGCCACAUUUGAUGAGCUGAUUGGAAAACAAAUUGAACAUUUUUGUCGACAAUACAUGUCUAUGAAUGCUCCGGGCAUUCUGGCGGAGUACCCAGAUAUGUUUUCUGUAUUCAUCAUCCUCACUCUCACAGGCCUUCUGGCCUUCGGGGUGAAGGAGUCAGCCAUGGUCACCAAAGUGUUCACCUGCAUCAACAUCUUGGUGCUGUUGUUCAUGGUUGUAUCUGGACUGGUCAAAGGUACACUGAAGAACUGGCACCUGGACCCUGAUGAGAUUCUUAAUGGAACCAAUUCCACCAUUAAUGCCACACAGCCCCUGCCAACAGAAGAGAUUCUGGGUGAAGGUGGGUUCAUGCCUUUCGGCUUCACAGGGGUCUUAUCAGGGGCCGCUACCUGCUUUUACGCCUUUGUUGGGUUCGACUGUAUCGCAACUACAGGUGAGGAGGUGAAGAACCCCCAGAGAGCCAUUCCCAUUGGCAUCGUCUCCUCCCUCCUUAUCUGUUUUGUAGCGUACUUUUGUGUAUCGGCCGCCCUCACAUUGAUGAUGCCAUAUUACAUGCUGGAUAAGAACAGCCCUCUUCCCGCGGCCUUUAAGUAUGUCGGUUGGGAAGGAGCCACGUACGCUGUGGCGGUAGGCUCCCUUUGCGCCCUGUCCACCAGCCUGCUUGGUGCCAUGUUCCCCAUGCCCCGUGUCAUCUGGGCCAUGGCUGACGAUGGCCUGCUCUUCAAAUUCAUGACUGGGAUCAACAAGAGAACAAAAACUCCCAUUCACGCCACUAUAACAGCAGGCUUUGUCGCAGCAAUUAUGGCUUUCCUGUUUGACCUGAAGGACUUGGUUGAUCUGAUGUCUAUAGGAACUCUUUUGGCCUACACACUGGUCGCUGCCUGUGUUCUAGUACUAAGGUACCAGCCCGAGCAGUUUUCUCAAACAUAUCACAUGGCCAACACACAGGAAGAGAUGGAAAUGAGUGAGACCAUAAGUACACCCAGCAUGGGGAUUCUUCCUGGCAUAGAAGAGCGUUUCAGCUUCAAAACCCUGAUCUUCCCUGACAUCACUGAACCCUCCAACCUCUCAGGCUUCGCUGUUAACGUCUGUGUGAGCCUGCUUGGACUGCUGAUCUUCAGUUUCAGUCUGAUGGCCGUCCUGGGCGGAAGUGCAAUGUGGAAUAUUGUCGCUCUCGGUGUCUUGUUCAGCAUGUCUGUCAUUGUCACUUUUAUCAUCUGGAAACAACCACAGAGUAAAACCAAGCUCUCUUUUAAGGUUCCUUUACUUCCAUUCAUCCCAGUGGUCAGCAUGUUUGUCAACGUGUACCUGAUGAUGCAGCUGGACAGGGGAACCUGGAUCCGAUUCGCCAUCUGGAUGUCUAUAGGACUCGUAAUCUACUUUGGCUAUGGAAUCUGGCACAGCACUGAAGCCACACUGGCCCAUUCCAGUAUGGACGAGGAACUGAGUGUGUACAAACCCAGCCGCAGCCUAAACAGGGACAGUGUGACCCCGGAAAAGGAGGCUUUCCUCUGUAACGGAUCACGGGGUGAUGUGGACGGAGAUCUCUAAUAUGGAACAGUGUUACAUUAUUUACUCAAACUUUACAUGAUAGCACACCUCCGGGAGGUUGUGAGGAGCACAGGCCGUUGAAAUCGAAUCAGAUGGAGCUCUAUGACCCAUUUAACAAUAUCACUUCCUUGUCAAGAAGUCUAAGAGCUUUAAGUGCACACUACAUGGGUGGAAGUAUUUGAGUAUUCUCACAACUCUUUCGUUUCCUACUUUAGAAAUCUUGAAGAAACCAAAACAGGCACAGGACCUUUUACUGGGUGGCUGUAGAGUAAAAAAAAAAUCAAUGUAGGUAUCUGUGAGCUGCAGUAUUUAAAGUUGACAGCUGCUUUUAUCGUAUGAUCUGACCGAACUUGUGCCUUUUGUCUUACUAUUGCAAUUGAAACGAAAUCAGAGUUGCUUGAUCUAAAUCUUGGAUGUCAGUGUUUAGGGUUU